AUGGAAAAUUGCUAUUGGCCAGGAGAGUAUGGGCCGUGGGGCUACAACCACCAGGGUGAAGCCACCGCCGCCGCCGCGGCGCUGCAGUACCACCUGUACGGCCCGUCCGGCGGACUUCCGUGGGGCUCUCCGUACGGAGGGGCGGCGCCGGGGGACAAGGCGGCGAGCGCCUCCAGAAGCCACAGUGAGGCGGAGAAGCGGCGGCGGGAUAGAAUUAACGCUCAGCUUUCCACGCUUAGGAAACUCAUCCCCAAGUCCGAUAAGUUGGACAAGGCAGCCCUACUUGGACACGUGGUGGAUCAGGUGAGGGAACAUAGUAAAAUCGCGAAGGAGGUUAGCAAAUCCUUCGCAGUCCCAACGGAGACCGAUGAGGUCACGGUUGACCACUCAAACGACGAUUCAUCGCAGGAUAAUCGAAACAUUUAUUUUCGGGCCUCGAUUUGUUGUGAUGAUAGGCCCGAAUUGUUUGCCGAGCUCAACGGCGCCAUCAAGGGAUUGGGCCUUACCAUACACCACGCCGAAAUCACGAGCAUAGGUGGAAGGAUGAAGAGCAGUCUCAUAUUGUGUGCGGAUAAUAAUAGUAACGAUGAUAAUGAUAAUAAUAGUAAUGAGAAAAAAUCUAGUCGCGAGUCGAUUAAGCAGUCGUUAAAAUUGGCGUUGAGUCGUGUUGUUAUAUCGGUUGGGUCGUCGGGUUACACGGCCCGGAGCAAAAGGCAGAGGUUUUUUUAUCCGAAUUAUCGUUGA